UGCUACGCAACCAUGUCUUCUUCACAAUCUAGCUCGCCUUCUGAACCUGAGCAGGCAAACAAGUUAGCCGAGGCGCUCAUGGAUGGCUUCGCAAGCUUCUUGUGCAACGAAGAUCGGGAUGUGUUUCAAAAUGUCCACAGAAUCAAACGUCUACUUAAGUUGGCUGAUAGCCGCUUUCGGGAUGGCAACGACCUCAUCGAGUCAUUCUUCAACCACUGUACACAUGGCAUCAAAGGUGACUGCUGGGCAUUCUCUUGUCACCAUAGGUUCAACACCGUCUUAAUACCACAUGGCAUUGAAAUGAUUGCCAUUCACGAGAACGCGUUCGCUUUGCAAACUCUAGAAAACGCGGAAGACAUCCUGACCAGUCCACACGACCUCUUUUCCAUGUGCGUCUGCCUCUGGCUUUUGACAACGCAUAGGUGCAUAUUCAAAGUAGUCAUCAACGUAGCGACUGUCGCGCGCUUUCACGCUCCCUUAUUCUGGAGGCUGUUUUCCCUUAACGUUGCUCACCUUGAAAAAGUCGAACUUGUAGGCUUGCCUGCCGAUGAGAGCCAUUUCAGCGUCGCUCAGUCGCUCGAAAAUGCUACCAAACUUUCGGAAAUAAUCAUUGCUCAUAUAGCUCUCGGUGACAACCAAGUCGAGCUGCUUUGCGAUGUACUAGCACAGAACGAGGGAUUAAAGAGAUUGGUGCUAAAAUACGUCAGCAUGACCGCAGUGGCGCUGCAGGUCCUGAGUGGGGCCAUCACAAAGCACAGCCGUCCAGCGUCUUUAGAGUUACGUGAGAAAAUUCGCACAUGCGAGACAUUCAAAAAUGCUGUGGCGAACCUUUUGGACACACCUCUCAGCAAACUGUGUCUGGAGGCUCCGUGCAACUGGGAGGAACUGUUCAAGCGUCUUCGUUGCAAUACGUGCCUCUCUGAUUUGGAAAUAUUUGAUUGUGGUUCUCGUAUGUACACGUCCCUGAAGGACCUGGCAGGCGCUCUGCUCGAAAACUCGACAUUAAAGCGUCUGAAGGUUUGCAUUGGCUUUCCUCACAUGGACGAGUGCGCUGCUGACCAGUGGCGUAAGCUUACAGAGUCGAUAGGACGAAACCGAGGAAUGAAAUCGCUGAGUUUAGCCUCUUGGAACUACUGCGAAGAACAUGGAGAGAUAAUGGCGGAACUUGCGGAAGCGAUUGCCCAGAACAAGACCCUAGUGGAGCUUUCGGUGGAAGAGUGCGACCUUCCUGUAGCGAGUUUGUUGCUGCUUUUUGGCGGGCUCUCACUUAACGAGACGAUGGAGGCACUUCAUAUCGGUACCUUGCCUGCGGACGAAGAGGUAAAUCGCUUGGUGCUCAAGCGUGUUGCCGAGCUCGGCCUGGGCGAACGUGUGGAUUGUACGUACGUGCUAAGAAGCGACUGGCAGCUUUACCAGUCCGAGGAAGCCUACAGAGCCACGUGCUUUCGUAGGUUGAGAUUGGUGGACACGUCCGCGUUAGACGGGCCCUACACCAUCAAUAUUCUCCGUCGUGCGGGGGACACCCUAACUUCCCUGACCUUGGAAGGCGUGGCUGGUAUACCUAUGAGCUGCACUGGCGCCGAAUGUCUGGCCGAUAUGUUUGCUAACAGCAGUAUACUCGAACAUGUCACGCUUUUGUUUGACGUCGACGCCAGUGUCGCGAUCACGAUACUCAAGGGGUUGGCCUCCUCCCGAACAAUCUACACCGUGACCAUUGGCCGCGAAUGGCAGCUGUCUCGUGAGGUGGCGAUCGCUUUCGGAGAAACCCUUCGAAAGAACAGUAGCAUAGCGGAGCUAACAGUGUGGCAGGACACUCGAAGAGGAUUUGAAGAACUGAAGGAACACCUUCGACUCGGCGUUAAGCCCAAUUACGCCAUUUCCAAGGUGCGAUUGUUGUAUGGCCCUGAGAAGAAGGAAUCGUAUGAUUGGGAUCUGUUGCAGAUGUUGCAAAACAACAGGGUCGUCGCCAGCUGGGCUGUGGACGCUGUCCUCGGAUACAAUUGUACGAGAGCAUGCAUGUACGCAUUUAUUCGCAUGAAGGCGUGCAACAACUACAGAGCCGUUCUGCGCCGCACUAUGGGUUGCAAUAGAAAAGAACUGGAGCCGAAGAUUAUGGAAGCCUGUAAGCGUUCAGAAAGAGUGUUGCCGGAGUUUCCGCUUGCUGGCACUGAAGAUGGACAAACAGGGGCAUCUGUUAAAAGGACAAAUGCGUUGCGCACUUUCAAUAAGGACUUCAUCGAGGAAGUCAAGAUCUUUCUCGUGGCUCUGAAUCUCAAAGGCAAGCUGUGUCAUAAUCGGAAGACUUAGUUUAGGACAUUCUUCCUAAGUUGCAAUGCAUCGCUGUUGAUAGCGUGA